UCCGCGCUCGCUCGCUCGCUCGCCGGCUCCUCCUCACUCGCCCGCCCGCGCCCGGCGCAGCUCGGCCACAGCGGUCGCGGGGCUGAGCGAGCGUCCGCCCCGGGGGCUCCGGAGGCUGCCCGGCCCGCGGCCCCCUCCCUCGCUCCCGCCUCCUCUUCCCGGUCCGCCGCCUGCCUCGGGCCCCGGCGCCCGCGCGGUCUGCGCCUCCGCGCCCCCCGCAGCCACGAUGCCGGCGGCCCGGCCGCCCGCCGCGGGAGUCGGCGGGCUCUCGCUGCUCCUCGCCCUGCUCCUGGGGAGCCCCGCGGCAGCUCUGGCGGGAGAUGCGCCACUGGAGGGAGAUGCUGACCUUUCAGGGACUUACCUCCUACCCUCAGGGUCUCCAGGGAGCCGCAAUCUGAGCCCAGAGAGCCCGGAAGAGAGAGUGACAAUGGCCCCUCCGAACCCAGGACAGUCAGGGGAAGACCUCCGUGAGCCGGAGCUGGAAGGGACAGCCCCCUCCGCCCGCCAGGACCCUGCUGCCCCAGCCAUGCUGCUGCCCGAGGAGGCCAGCCCCAGCCACGGCAGGAAGAAGCCGCCUUCACUCAAGCAGGUGAACUCGGCCAGGAAACAGCUGAGACCGAGAGCCACUUCUGCAGCAGCCCUCCAGCACGAAGGGGCCCAGCCAGCAUCCCCGGGCCUGGGUGUCCUCUCCUCUGCCACAGAGAAGCCCCGCCCACCGGGGGACCCUGACCCCGUGGCCUCCGAGGAGCCCCUCUGGCUGGACCGGAAGGACGGUGCGGUCCCCACGACACCGGUGCCCCUGCAGAUCUCCCCCUUCACCUCGCAGCCCUACGUGGCCCACACACUCCCCCAGAGGCCGGAGCCUGGGGAGCCCACAGGGCCUGGUGAGGCCCAGGAGGUGCCCCCUGAGGACGCCAGUCCCAUGGGCUUGAUGGACAGAGGUGAGAAUGAGCUGACCAGCUCAGCCUCUGAGGAGAGUCAGGAGACCACAACGUCCACCAUUAUCACCACCACGGUCAUCAUGACGGAACAGGCCCCAGCUCUCUGCAGUGUGAGCUUCUCUGACCCUGAAGGGUACAUCGACUCCAGUGACUUCCCACCUCUGCCCCUCAGCAACUUCCUGGAGUGCACAUACAACGUGACAGUCUACACUGGCUACGGGGUAGAGCUCCAGGUGAAGAGCGUGAACCUUUCCGAGGGGGAGUUGCUCUCCAUCCGUGGGGUGGACGGCGCCUCCUUGACAGUCCUGGCCAAUCAGACGCUCCUGGUCGAGGGGCAGGUAAUCCGGAGCCCCACCAACACCAUCUCUGUCUACUUCCGGACCUUCCAAGACGACGGCCUCGGGACCUUCCAGCUGCAUUACCAGGCCUUCAUGCUGAGCUGCAACUUCCCCCGCCGGCCCGACUCCGGGGACGUCACGGUGAUGGACCUGCACUCGGGCGGGGUGGCCCACUUCCACUGCCACCUGGGCUAUGAGCUCCAGGGCGCCACGACGCUGACGUGCAUCAAUGCCUCCAAGCCCCACUGGAGCAGCCAGGAGCCCACCUGCUCAGCCCCUUGUGGAGGCGCUGUGCAUAACGCCACCAUCGGCCGCGUCCUCUCCCCGAGUUACCCUGGAAACACCAACGGCAGCCAGUUCUGUGUGUGGACAAUAGAGGCUCCAGAGGCCCAGAAGCUGCAUCUGCACUUUGAGAGGCUGUCGCUGCGUGAGAAGGACAGGAUGACGGUCUACAGCGGGCUGACCAACAAGUCGGCCCUUCUCUAUGACUCCCUGCAAACCGAGAGCGUCCCCUUCGAGGGCCUGCUGAGCGAGGACCACAGCAUCCGCAUCGAGUUCACGUCUGAUCAGGCGCGGCCGGCCUCCGCCUUCAACAUCCGAUUCGAGGCCUUUGAGAAGGGCCACUGCUACGAACCCUACAUUCAGAACGGGAAUUUCACCACAUCCGACCCGACCUAUAACAUCGGGGCCAUAGUGGAGUUCACCUGCGACCCCGGCCACUCUCUGGAGCAGGGCCCGGCCACCAUCGAGUGCAUCAACGUGCGUGACCCUUACUGGAACGACACGGAGCCCCUCUGCAGAGCCAUGUGUGGUGGGGAGCUCUCUGCCGUGGCCGGGGUAGUGCUGUCGCCAAACUGGCCGGAGCCCUACGUGGAAGGUGAAGAUUGUAUCUGGAAGAUCCACGUAGGGGAGGAGAAGAGGAUCUUCUUAGAUAUCCAGUUCCUGAACCUGAGCAGCAGUGACAUCCUGACCGUCUACGACGGUGACGAGGUCACGCCCCACAUUUUGGGGCAGUACCCUGGGAACAGUGGCCCCCAGAGGCUGUACUCCUCCACGCCGGACCUCACCAUCCAGUUUCGCUCGGAUCCAGCCGGCCUCAUCUUCGGGAAGGGCCAAGGAUUCAUCAUGAACUACAUAGAGGUGUCAAGGAAUGACUCCUGCUCAGAUUUGCCUGAGAUCCAGAACGGCUGGAAAACCACUUCUCAUACAGAGCUCGUGAGGGGAGCCAGAAUCACCUACCAGUGUGACCCUGGCUACGACCUCGUGGGGAGCGACACCCUCACCUGCCAGUGGGACCUCAGCUGGAGCAGCGACCCCCCGUUUUGUGAGAAAAUUAUGUACUGCACCGACCCUGGAGAAGUGGACCACUCGACCCGCUUAAUUUCGGAUCCUGUUCUGCUGGUGGGCACCACCAUCCAAUACACCUGCAACCCUGGCUUUGUGCUGGAGGGGAGCUCUCUUCUGACCUGCUACAGCCGUGAAACCGGCACUCCCAUCUGGACGUCUCGCCUGCCCCACUGCGUUUCGGAGGAGUCCCUGGCCUGCGACAACCCGGGACUGCCGGAGAACGGGUACCAGAUCCUGUACAAGAGGCUCUACCUGCCGGGAGAGUCCCUCACUUUCAUGUGCUACGAAGGCUUCGAGCUCAUGGGCGAAGUGACCAUCCGGUGCAUCCUGGGGCAGCCAUCGCACUGGAACGGGCCGCUGCCCGUCUGUAAAGUUAAUCAGGACAGUUUUGAACACGCUUUAGAAGUAGCAGAAGCGGCAGCCGAGACGUCGCUGGAAGGGGGAAACAUGGCCCUGGCGAUCUUCCUCCCGGUCCUCAUCAUCUCCUUGCUGCUGGGAGGGGCCUACAUUUACAUCACCAGAUGUCGCUAUUACUCCAACCUCCGCCUGCCCCUGAUGUACGCCCACCCCUACAGCCAGAUCACCGUGGAAACCGAGUUUGACAACCCCAUUUAUGAGACAGGGGAAACCAGAGAGUAUGAAGUUUCCAUCUAAAAAGAGCUACACCUGAGAAGGGAACGGACAGACACGAACUCAACUAGAACCUCCUCAAGAAAUUCUUCCGGAGACCAUGUGGCAUUUGAUUAAAACCCCAGAGUGUCGACUGUCUUUUCUUUAGACUCUUCAUUGAAGAUUUACUGUUUUCUUCCCUGUAUUUAUUAUAUUUAAAAUUGAAAUAGGUGUGGUUGGAUGGAUUGCAGCUGCAGCCAAGUUCAUGCUACAGCCUCAAUUCUGAAGGCAGGGGGAAGAACUGCAAAAUGGCAAACAGCAGCAGAGGGGAAAACAGCAAAACCAGGCCGUUUCCCCAUCCACAGUGCCACGCUACGGCUGCAUCAGAUUGCAUGCAUCUUUGGGAUCCAUGUCCAUGAUGUUUUUAGUACAAAUUGAAACCCCAAUAUUUGAUUGGAAAGGGUAUUUCUUGUUGGAUUAAUUUGGGUUGGAAUUUAGCCUGCUUCUAAAAGGCCUUGCCGCAUCCCCUCCCACCCAUAUUCCUUCUGAAAGUAACCAAGACGUUAUACAAACAUUCUCUUUUACCACCCUGGCCUCACUGGAUGUUGGCAAAAUAAGAUGUUUUCUUUCUAGAAAGGUGGUAAAUGACAAAGGAAAAUUUUCAGAGAAGAUGAGUGGUCCGAGCAUCCAAAUGAUAAAUUGGGUAAGAAGGAACUUUGGGUGAUGGAGUCGAGUUAAUAAGAUGUUGUUUUCUUGGAUACUCCUUCAGUGGUGAAAGAACAGGUAAUUUAUGCUCCAAGUGCCAGGAUCCAUCACCUUGUUGAGCAAGGCCACCCUCAAGCUGUGAUAACAGACCCGCAGGCUUCGGAGGUACAGGCAGCUUCACCCAUAGUGAUAAGGGUUUGUGCAGGUCGGGGUGCCGUGGCCUGAAAUCCAGAGGUGAGCUCUGUUUUUCUCCUGGUGUGCUGGGAUGCCUGAGCCCUCUAAAUAAGGGAGUUCAAGGGCACUGUUUCUCUAAAGGCGUCACCUUCAGAAUAUAUGUACAAUCAAGUAUCGCAGGGGAAGGAAGAAUCCCGCAAAAAGAAACUGCCCUUCUGUUCUCCAAACUCUGCCCAGAUGUUGGGUGGUGGUAUGAUUGCUGACUGUGGAGGUGCAGAGGAAUGGGAACAGGGGGCUUAAAACCACAACUGAACCUGCAUCAAACUAUUUGAAUACCAAGGAGGAGGGAAGGAGGAAUUGCAAGCCAGAAAGGCAUUCAUAACAUCUCAUUAAUGACAAAAGCGCUCUCACAGUUUAUCAGGAUCCUUUGGAGCCAACCCAGUGGGACUGGUGGGUUUGUGACCCUCAGGAAGACGCUUUCCUAAAUACAGGUAGAAAGAGAAGGCCAGGGUGAGCAUGCAUGGAAGUUAUGGUACGUACACAUCACUUCCCUGGGACUGUCACCUCCCUGGUGGUGGCUCAGAGAGGCACACCGACUUAGUGCUUUUAGAUCUCUCUUGGAUAUCCCCAACAUGCUCUCUAGAAUUGUUUUAAAUCAGCUGGUUUUCAAACAAGAAAAGACCAUUCUGGCCAUCAUGCUUUUGGAAGAAUGGCUGGGAAUCCAGAUUCUGUGUAGGAUGCAUCUGGAGCCGAAUAAGCAGGUGGAUCUGACAUGCUCAUAGCCUCCCCCAGCCAGGAGCUUGGACCUCAGUCUUGGGGCGGGGGGAUCGGAGGCCCAGAUAUUUUCCUUCUGCCAGAAAAGAAUUCCUGCAUCUGUGCUGCUUAAGGCAUGUGUUCAUGUUGCACAGCAAGAGAUCAUUAAAGGCUGCUUUCUAGCCACCCAAAGCCUACCCCAUUUUAUUAAAGAACCGAAGGAGAAAUGUUCCAGACCAUUAGUAGGCGAUGCUAUGUUUGGAGAAAGAUCAACAAUGCAAAUAAUGUAAUGGUUUUUUAAAAAGGCAAAAUCCCAUCUUUGCUUUUAUUCCUAUUUGGUGCAUAUUCUAACCCUAACCCUGCAUCAUCUGGAAUGAAGGACUCUAUUAAUGAUAUUUAAUUUUAGAACAUACCAUGGUUAUGUGAAAACUAAACAUCUGCCUUUCAUAAAGACUGAAAUAAUACAAAAUCUUUACUCUAACCCUGUUCCCUAAAACUGGCCAGGCCGUGGCCCAGGAAUUCUUAUUGGCUA